AUGAAGGUUUGUUGAAAAUUAGAAUAACCAGCUUGUUAAUUUAUACUUUCGAAUUCCAGGUAUUUCCAUCUGAACAUCACAUCACUUCUGCAACUACGUCGAAAGUAGCCUUCAUCAAGUUUGACGAUGAAAGAUCAGUAGAAGUUGGGCAACAUCUAACGAGCACCGUUUUGAUUGACCAAGCACUGGUUUGCGUACCAUACUUGCAGCGUGAGUGUUUUUUUAGUUUGUGAGUUCUAUUUAGACGUUUCUGUGAACAAUUAAAAUUAGGUUUAGACUUCUAAGCAAUAGAGCUUUUUGAUUUGAGUGUUCUUCUUUUUUCAUUUAUAAGUGAAAAAGGGGGGGAGGGGUAUGAAUAUUUUCAGCUUUUACUGUGGUGAGCUUCACUUUCAAACGUCUAGAAUAUUAGUAUCGAAUGAAACAAAAAAACACAGAAUAUAAUCUUUCUUAUCAUGAAAUUGGAGCUUUUGAUUUUUUUGUACUUUUGUACUUUGAAGACGACACCAAAGUCAUGUGUGAAAAAUUUCAAAUAUUUUAAAAAAAAAUUUUAAUAGCAGGUAAUAAAUCUUUAUGAGCUUGAACGUUUAUUUCCUCGUUUAAAAAUCAAGAUAUAUAGAUUUUAAUAAAUUUUUUUUAAUGAUAUUUUUUCCAAAAAUUUUUCGUUUAUUCGUUCGUUUAUUAGUAUUGGAAGUUGUAGAAUCUUUUUCUGAAAAUCUCAAUUGUACAGAAAUUAAUUAUACUUGAACCUCCGAGGAAAGUAAUUGUAUGUGUUUUUCAAAACUUGUUUUAGCCACCAUUCCGAAUGAAGAAGCUUUCCUUAACAGUGGUGGAUCGAUUUCGGCUGGACAGAGACAACUGCCGCCUCAUGUAGUCAAUAAGAUUCAAGACGUCGGAGAUGGAACAACAGUGGUAAACAUUUUAAUAUUACCUAAAUGAUAUCUACUGAAAAAAAAAGAAAAGGUGCUCGUUUUGAUUUUUCAGCCACCUGUCUACCGCUACACCCGGGAGUCUUCUUUAUUUUUAUGAUGUGGUUAAGAAGAAAAUUUUUAUGAAUUUGGAGAGGUGUGUACUGAUUGCAGACUGUCGGGCUACCCCGGAGAACCACUGACUGCGAGAAGCGGUGGCGCUACGACUCCCUUUGUAAAAUGUGAAAAUAGGAUAUGAGAAUAUGAGUAUAUAAGAAUGAAUGAGCUUGAUAAUUGAAGAAAAAAACAAACACAAUUUAAAUCUUUGACUGUUUCAGUUGCUUACAGUCGACCCGACACUGGAACAACUCGGAGUGCCUUCAUAUCCUUCGCUUCCUGGAGAUACCGACCUUGGAAAAGUGGAAGAAAUUCGGCGGACUAUCUACGUCGGUAAUCUUCCCAAAGGCGUCGACGGAAAAACUGUCUUGGAUUUUUUCAACAAUUACAUGGGCGAGGUUAUUUUUAUUUCGAUAAUUGCUAUUUGGUUUCUGGUUUGCUUUGAAGUUUAUUAAUAGAGCCUUGUUGCUGUAGUUGAUUUUGGGCCCUGAAAAAUGUUUUCUCAAAGAAGCGGCGGACGUUUAUGAAGCUUAAAAUUCAACAAUAUUAAAAAGAAAAGAAGAGAAAAUUGAGCGAAAUUGGCUUUAUGUGUUUGAUUUUUUCAAUCGAUUUUAAUAUCAGAUAAAAAGAGAAAAGAUUUUUUUUGUUAUGAAACUGACCUGUCCUUGAAUUCAUACUUUGUGUUUUCUGCCACCCAUUGCUCAUACGUCAAUAAAGCCAUUGAGCCGUAAUAGGCGAAAUUCAUCCAAAAAGAAAUCCACCAAAGUUUAUAAAAAUACCCGUCGCCAAAAGCUUUUUCUAUCGUUAGCGCCACCUCAUGACUUCCAUAUCUAUCAUCAUAGAAAAGUUCAACAGUUUUCGUUUUACAAACCUUGCGAUAAGGUAGAAAAUUCUUCCCAUAUAAACUAGCCAUGCAAGAGUACAACGAAAGUCGAUGACGUCCUUAAAAUAUUCCAUUAAAAAGUUUUUCUCUCUCGGUGUGAAAUGAAUUAUUGAAUUUUUUUUUUCUGUUUUACCUCCCAUGAAUCUGAAAGAGCAUGAGGCACACUCCAUUCCGUCCAUUUCUUCAAACCAAUUGUUUGGAGCUCAUAAGAACUGUGACAAAUUGUGCAGACCUGAUCAAAAUAUUAUUCUAAAUCCAUAUGUGUCACCGUGUUGAGCGUUGUUUCAACCCAUUUCUCUAGACAAUGAGUAUGAACUACGGCAACCGUCCCCCGACAUUCGCAUGGUUUUAUUAGGCGCGAAAUUUCCUGAUAUCUCAAAUAAUUCUCUUAUGAACCUUUCACCAACCUGCUCAUCAUCUAAGCAGAUUCUACAGAUAAGGCGAUCAGGAGUUCCAACAAGCGAAUAUUUAAUUUUCGGAUCGCUUCCUGGCUCUUCGAACUUGCGCUGUUUUAAGCAAUAGCAAUAUUUACCCUGAGAAAAAAAAACUCACGAAUCCUAAUUCCAUUCCGCCGUUCAAUUUCGAUAAUGAAUUGCAUCUCACGUAAUUCCUUUUUAUUACAGGUGAUGUACAUUCGGUUCACUGGUGGCCCAGAAACAUUGCCAUGCGCUUACGCUUACGUUGAAUUUUCUCAACAGUCAUCGAUACCGAUAGCUCUUCAAAAUAAUGGAAUAGAAUUCGACGGGAGACCACUCAGGUACGAAGAAAGAAGUAGAACGGAAAAUGAAGAUGAAUCUUCAGAAUUCAACAUUCUCGAGUCGCCAUAAUCAAGCCGCAACAGAAAACGGCGGAUCAAGCCUUAGAAGAAGUCGAGGAAGCUAUCCGCAUGGGGAAAACUGGAGCUGGUAGAUGAAAGUAUUCUUUUUUGAAGUAUUUUGAAGUGUUCAGAACGCGCAAGAAGUCGUUCUCCUCGCCGUCGCAGGUCGCCGUCACCGAAGAAAAGGUCUCCGCGUCGCCGCUCUCGUAGUCGCGAGCGCGAACGCAGAAGAAGUCGCGACCGAAAACGAUCUCGAAGUAGGAGCAAGGAUAAAGUGAGCCGUCGAAGUCGCAGUCGUGAUAAAGAUCGUAAGAGAAGUCGAAGUCGGGAUCGUGAUCGAGAUUCUAAAAGAAGGUCGAAGAGUCGGUGAGCUUAUUUUUCUUUGUCAAUAGGUUCUGCAUGAAUAAAAUAUUGAAACCAUAAGUUACUCAAGUGUGCUCCGCCGUGAAAAAAAAAAUUUCAGUGACCGCCGUCGCAGGUCACGUUCUCGGGAUAAGAAACGUCCCGAUCGCGACCGUUCUCGCUCAAAAGACAGAAAACGAGAGAAGGAAAGGAAAAGAAGCCGCAGCAAGAGCCGGGAUAGGAAGAAAGAGAAGGAGGUGAAGAAAGACGUCAAGAAAGAAAAGGUUAAUUUAUAUCUCUAUUUUCAAAUUUUUGAGAAAUUCUUUCAUUCCAUAAUUCGUAGGAUUACUUUAAAAAAAAAUAAUACUAAUGGGUUUGUUUUAAGAAAGAUGACGAUAGUGAGGACGAAAUUUUGUUGAGAGAGAAAUUGCUGGAAAAGGCUGCUGCUAGAAAGAAAGUAAAAGUGAGUUUGGCAAAGAGAUUUCUUUGAAAGUCGGCGCUGUAGUAUUGGAUUUUCUUCUAAAAGUUGGAGAAAGAGAUUUAUUGAGAUGCUUUUUAUGUUUAUGAGAGUGCUCUUCAUUCACAUGGGAUAUAUAUAACCUAAUUGACCAUUUUCGUAGUAUUUUCAGAACAUAUAUUUGAAGAAAAUUAAUCGGGAUAGUAUCAGGCACAAGCCUAAAGAUAUCUUGUAAACAAAACGAAACAAUUUUCAAUUUUUUUUUUCAGAGAAUAUUGCUGUUUAUUUCAUAUAAAUUUAAAUCGUUGCAGGAUUCUUCGGAUAGCGAAUGGGAGGAAGCGAAAUCUGAACAAAAAGGCUCGAACGGGACGUCAAAAGAAAAAAGCAAAAUCAAGAAUGAAAGGAAGCGCCGGCAUUCGGUUUCGGACGAUGAUUGAUCUGUUUUAUUUAAAGCUCGAAAAUUUCCUUAUAUCAAAUUUACCUCGUUUCUUGUUGAGCUUUUUAUCAUGUUAGUUUUUGCCGGUUAAUGGUUACUUUUUUUCGUUCACUUUCCCAAUUAAAUUUUUAACCUCAGUGGGUCCAUUUGUUAAUUUAUUUUUUUUUUCUACUCCUUUUUAAAUAAAUAACUGAUGAAUCGUGCGCUUCAUUCAUGAUAAACAUGCGCUUUUUGUUUUUGGUGAGAUACCAAUUUCUACAAGACUACCUAAGGAAUGUAAAAUUCUUUCUGCGAAUCCAUUGUCCAGAUGUUACGACUGACUUCUCUUCGCCGGCUGGGAACUCGGUUUUGGUCUACAAGACAGCUAGUGUACGAAGGCUACGACGAUCCGGCCAAAGUGGGACAAAUUGAGAAGUUGAAGCGAGCGCAGAAAAUUUCAUAGGCCAUCUCCAUCAAGUCGGUCACUCUGCCUAGUCAACUCUGCGAGAAUGAAGUUCUCGUCAAUUGGAUCGCGGCUCCUAUCAAUCCGGCAGAUUUGAAUCAGAUACAAGGUUUCGCGGUGCUCUGAUUUUGAUUUCACGUCCUUAAAUCGAGGUGUCUAUCCGGUCAAGCCGAAGCUUCCUGCGAUCGGUGGGAACGAGGGCGUCGGCAGAGUUGAGAAGGUCUCCCUUUGAAUCUUUUAGACCCAUGGAAAGUCGGAAAUAACGACAGGUGGGCAGCAGUAUAAAGAGUCUGAACAUUGGCGACCACGUCAUUCCUUCGUGCUCGGGACUUGGAACUUGGCGCGAGUUGGGCCUCCAUACAAUCGACGACGUUUUUCCCAUCGACAAUUCGAUUCCUGUGGAGUUCGCGGCCACUUUGCAAGUUCGUAGUUCUUUUUUUUUACUUCUUGAAUCGAAUCAGUUUGGAAAUUAUUGAAUGGACUUAUCCAAAUAGUUUUUUUAAAUUUCAGUUUCGUCUUGAAAAAAGUUUUCGAGACUGUCAAGAGCUUUUCUCUUAGUCAACUCGCGGAUAUCGUUUUAUUUAUACCUACGAGUUUUUCGAAAAUCAUUAUUGGAUCUGAGUCAGUUAAAAUUUUGGGGGUUUUAAAUUCUGAAAUUUUUUUCGUUUUUUUCUAGUUAUCAAUAUUUUUAAAAAGCGACUAACCAAGUCUCACUUAGAAAAAUCAUCAAAAAAAAAUCAUUAUUUCAUAAGACAGUUUCCGAAACUUUUUCGAUAUCAACCUCGAGAAGACAGUAACCUUUUUAGACCGAUUUUUAAUUGUGCAAUAUGAAUGAAAAAAAUUUAAAAAAACUUAUUAAAUUUUUUUCUUCAAAAGACUAUACUUUCAUCACAAAUACAGUAGUUGAGAGCAAGGAACUGCGGUCCUUUGCCUUGUUAUUCUGCGCGUAGUUCACCCAGUUGCGUCUGAAUAGCUCAGAAUUUAGCGGAUGUUGUAGCCGAAACCCGGAGACCGUGCUCUAGGUAGAGUUUUCGAAAGGAGGGCUGUCAUUUCGAGUCAAGACUUCACACGGAAUAGGAAUUGUUUUUAUUUUUUUCACCAGGUGAACCCGCCUACCGCGUAUCGUAUGCUCAAGGACUUUGUCGAUCUGAAAGCCGGCGACACUGUCAUCCAAAACGGCGGGAACUCGGCCGUAGGACGGCAGGUCAUCCAGGUCCGUCUUCGGCCCUCCGAGCCUUUAUAGUCCUAUUUUGAGAUUUGUCGUGUCCGCGGUCUCAAAUCGGUCAGCGUUGUCCGCAAAAGGGAAAACUUCGAUGCGCUGGUCGACGACUUGAAGAAGUUGGGCGCCGACGAAGUCAUUACCGAAGACGACCUCUUCUCGUUACUUUUUUUCUGUUUCUUUCCCAGGCCUGUGCGUGGGUCGGUAUCUCGCAAAAGUUCAGAAUCGCUGAAUUUUCAAUCUAUAUCUCUUUUCUAUGGAAAUUAUUCACUUCACUCAUACAUCAUAGGAUAGUGUUUUUCAACAGUUUCGGCAUCGUUUAUAUCUAGAGCGGGAUCGGUUUGGCAUUAGCCGAGUCUAAAAUAUCCUUUUUCAAUGUGAUGCUUUUUUUGCUCGAUUUUUAUACAACAUUAUGUUGAAACUUUAAAAAAAAACGGCUAUACUUGAGCAGUAUACUGAAAAUGAGACGUCGUAAUUAGAAUUAUAAGAAAGUUUUGGAAAAAGGCAUUCAUUCCGUUCUUCCAAUUUUUGAAAACCAAACACCUGCUCAGUCUGUCUGCAACCAGAUGAUUAUAUCGUUUUUAUGCCUUUUUGGUUGUAUUAGGCCAUAUAGUUCUAUCAGAGACCAUAAAAGUUUUUUUUUUUGCCGAGCUUCAUGAAAGUUCGCUAUUUUACGACAAAGCUUUUUUCUGGAGUAAUUUGAGCUUGGAGCAUGGCCUGCCGCUUAGAUUUGGUUCAUCAAAUGGUCUCUCAGAUGUUUAUUUUUUUACAGUCGGAAGAGGAAGUUCUCUGGAGUGCGGCUGGCGCUGAACUGCGUCGGAGGCCGAUCUUCGCUGUUCCUGGCGAGUCUUCUGGACGACGGCGGCUGCAUGGUGACCUACGGAGGCAUGAGCAAGCAGCCAGUCCAGGUUUCUGUGGAGAAGGAACUCUCUUAGUGGAAUGGAAGAGUUAAAGUGUCCGACGGGUCCUCUCAUCUUUAAGGAUAUCCGACUGCAAGGAUUUUGGAUGUCGCGGUGGUACGGUCUCGAGAAAAAUGUUGAGGUUCGUUUCCAGAAUCAAAAACUCGUUCGCUUUUAAAAAGAGAAAACAUCCCUGAGAUCAGAAAAAGUUUCUUCCAACAUCAGUUGGGAUUUUCGGAAUGUUUGAAUGGGUUCGAACACUAGAGCUCUUCACAAUCACUGUCUAACCAAAAACUCACUAACUUGAUUUUUUUUUUUAUGAACGAAAUUUGUCUUUUUUUCAUCGGAAACCGAAUUCAGAUUCAUUUUUUCAGCUCCAAUUUGCCUUUCGGUCGGAUAUGCGUUUGAAAAACUCGUUUGUUGUACUCAGCAUUGAAAAGAAAGAUUUUAUCGAAUUUAGUCGCCCAUUGAAAAAAAAUAUGAAAAAAGUUCUUUUUGGUUGGAAGCGUGUCUAUAUGGUUUGUUAUUGAUAGGAGAAUUUAGAUCCUGCCGUAUCAAGAUUCAGUAACACUUUCCAAAAUCUGAUAAGAAUUAAACCAAAGCUUACUUUUUACGAUUUCAGGGAGAUUUAAAUAGCAAUGGUUGUUUUUCAAGGAACGGAAACAUAUGUACAAGGAGCUCGGAGAAUGGAUGAAGUCGGGCGAGAUCCAGCACUCGGAGUACGAACGAAGAGACAUCGGCGACUUCCGCGCCGCUCUCGAUGACGCCUCUUCCAAGUUCGACAAGAAACAACUGUUCGUUUUCUCAUAGUUCUCAUAAUACUCACCGUUUUUGAUAAUUUAUUGAAAAAAGUUGUCGCCAUUUUAGUUCUCAGCUUGAAACUUGUAUGAAAUGUAAGAUAUUUCUUGUUGAAUUUUAUUGACAAAAAGGUGCAAAAGGACCGACUAGGAGAGUUUGAUGGAGCUUCGCUGAAAUGUGCUUGAGUGCACCCUCAUCACUACUCCAGAAAGAACUUUCACGAAUGUUAUCUUUUUGAAACAUUACUCUACUGAAACCGUGCAAAGUGCAGUGCCUAUGCUGGCAUUCUGCAAAAAAAGUUGCAUGCAUUGUGCAGAUCAGAGCUUUGCAUUUUGCCCGGAAGAACUUCGCAUUUUGCAUUUCUUUUUGGGCUCACUUUUGUACAGACGAAAAAAGAGCAAAAUGCGAGGUACUUCUGUGCAAAAUGCAAAGCACGGAUUUGCAAAAUGCUGGAAGCUUUUUUGCAGAAUGCCGCCAUAGGCACUGCACUUUGCAAGAAUUCUGUAGAACACGUUUUGAACUUUUUUUAUUUUUCAUUCCAAGGGAAAAAACUGUUUUUGGCAUCUUUAAGGCACUAUAGCUCCCCUAAAAGGAGAAUGACGUGAAAUUUUUCUCUGAUUUUUUAUCAGAUCACUGUAGAGAACAUCUUAGAAAAGUUUCAUCAAUGUCUUAAAAUGUUUCUUUUUUGUUCAACUGUUUUUCUUUACAAUGGAAGAUUAUGAAUCAGCCCUGAAUCUAGAAGUCUGAACGGUGUUUAUCAAUAAAUAUGAAAAAGUCGGGGACUCACAUGGAUGGAAAAAAUAUUGAACGUGGAAUAAGGACAGUUUUUUAAAUAUUUUUUUAGAUAAUAUAUUUUGCUUGUCAAAGGAAUUUUUGAAGUUUUUUGCAAUUUUCUUUAUUCGAACACAACCUCUCCACAAAGUAGAAAGGACGCUGCGAACUCAAGAAAAAUGAGUAGGGUGAACGCCAAGAAAGCUCUGACCAUGUGAAUGAACAAUUGAUAGUCUUCAGACGCUGUCUUUCUGAACUAACAGUUCCUGAAAGAUUUUGAAAAGAUUGAAAUCGCGAAAAAUUGUCAAGAGUUCCCAUGGCGACCCAGCACCUGAACAAGUAAGCACAAGUAAAAGUUGUGCCAAAGCGCCAGCGUGAGCUGGAAAAGCCUCCCCCGCUCUCUUUAUUUCUCGCCGUGCUUCUAACAUCCUUCCGCAAGUUGACCGAUUAUGGUAGGUCUCUGAUGCGUGAUCAUUCUCGUUCUCAUGUCGAGAUUUUGGAAUUUCGAAAAAAAUCGCACAUUGAGACCAUAAAAAGGAUAGUUUGAGUCGUUGAUCUGGCAGCGUAGCGGAACUUUCCUUGGCCCGUCGUUUACUGUUCCAUUUGACUGUUCGGUUUCAAAAUAAUCAUUCAUUUCCCAAAUAUACGCCUGUUCACAGAGAAAGAAAAAAUAAAACGUUAAAAUUUUCAUCGGUAAAACUUGCAAUGAAUUUUCCUACAGAUAAAUGCUUCUUUUUUUUUUUUGAAACCUCUGGCUUCCGAUGUUGAUUUUUCUCACUGUUUCAAGACUACCACAAAGUAUGAAAUCCUGAACUUGAGUUUGUGAAAACUUUAUUUAAAUUAGUUCCGAAGGGAAAAUUCUUGAUAAUCAGAAAAUUUUCACCUGCGCGACUGGCAAAUUCGCUCCCGUUUUAGGUUGCCCCGUAAAGCUGGCUUAAUUUCUCGUGGUUGCAAAAGAUGCGAGGGUGGCCGUGCAAAAACAACCCGCAAAAUACAAUUUCAGGCUACAAUGUUCAAAAUACUUCCCAGGCUUUAAAAGUGGUUGAUUUUGAAAAGAUUAGGUGAUACUAAUUGAGGUUUGUUCCAAGGGGUUUCAAUUCAGUUUCAGACUUCCUUCUAGUGUCCACGGAAACCUCUGAGCUCACUCAGUUCGAGAAAAUGAGCACGUCCGGUAAUUAUGGGGAAGGUUUCUCAUGCUCUCGUUUUGAUUGUCGGCUUUUCAUGGCUUGGAAUAGUUUUUAUCAGAUGCAUCUCAUCAGUUCUGAUUAGAAUUUACUUGUUUUAUUAAGAAGCGUUUCUUUAUUGUUCAUGUGAACUUUUGCGUAGCUAAUUCAGCUAAAAUCGUCCCCACCUUGUUGAGAACAGCUAAAUAUAGCUUCUUACUUAACGUCAUCAAGCGAGGCACAUAAUGAAGAAAAACAACAAGUAAGGCGUGCAGAGAUGAGUACGCGCUUAGGGCGGCGCCGUCCUUGGGGAGAAGCCGCUUGCCGCCAAGGCGCUCUUAUCAUUCUCAAUUAAAAAAUCUUUCUUCCCGUCGCUCUCCACUCUUCUAGGCUCUUCCUUUCUCUGCAACAAGCAUUAAGGCCCUGGAACACCCAACGAGACUUUCAGAGCUUCUUGCUUCGCAGAAGGCUCUUUCCUUUUUUGACACGUUUAUAUUAAGAAAAAAUCGAAAAUUUUCAAGCAAAUAUCCUAUAUAUUUUCAGAAAAUCCACGCUAAUUUUGUUGCUGAUCUGA